AUGUUCGUUCAGUGGCUAUGGCAGGAGCAACUGAAUUGGGGCGAUGGACUUCCGGAGACUCUUCAAUCUUGGUGGCUGUCCUUUCGAGAAUCGGUUGGUGUCAUCCGAGAUCUUCGUAUACCACGAUGGAUAUUCAGAGAUGAUGCAGUAAGGUACGAGCUGCACUGCUGUGUCGACGCUUCUUCGAAAGGAUACGGAGCAUGUAUCUACGUAGUAUCGCAAGGGCCGACUGCCACGCGAACAAGCAAUCUCCUCAUAGCGAAAUCCCGGGUCGCUCCAAUCAGUGGCUAUUCCACGCCACGCUUGGAACUCUGUGCAGCUGUUCUGGGAAGUCAGUUGGCUGACAGCAUCCGUAAAACCACUAAGUUUAACGCCAAAAUCACCUUCUGGUCGGACUCGACGAUCGUUUUGCACUGGAUUAAUUCCCCGCCGUCCGCGUGGAAAAUAUUCGUAUCCAAUCGAAUAGCAGAGGUCCUCAAAACCACAGAAGGCUCUCAAUGGCGGCACGUUUCAACGCUGCAAAACCCUUCCGAUCGAAUUUCUCGCGGAGUUCAUCCCGAAGACAUCAGCGAUGAUGCACUUUGGUGGCAUGGGCCACCAUACCUGCUCUCAGGACCAGAAGCCUGGCCAGAUCCAAUAGUACCAUUAACCUCGACCGACAUCCAACAACAAAUUGUCGAGCAGCGGCCGAUGGUCGCACUCUUUUUUGUCAUGUUCGACGAUUCGCUCAUCCAGGACUUUUCGCAACUGUCUCAUCUUCUUAAGGUUGCUUCGUACUGCCUUUGUUUCGCGAAGAACUGCCAAUUGCCGAGCCAUGCUCGAACUUUCGGGCGAAUCACACCGGUCGAGUACAACAAUGCCCUCAAAUCUUUCAUUCGAGUUGCACAAGGAGCAACCUUCCAUCAGGAAUUGCGAUAUUUACAUAACCACGUCCAAGAGUCUCUGGCUCUGCGAAAAGCAGACUUCAAGUCUCCGCUCAAGGACAUUGACGUGUGGAUCGAUGACGCAGGGCUUCUUCGUUUGAACGGCCGCCUAGCGCAAUCACCUGGCACCUUCGACAGUCGCUUUCCGAUCCUGUUACCUGCCGAUCAUCAUCUCUCAAAGUUGAUUGCCAGAUCAAUUCAUCAUCAAACUCUGCUUGCUGGACCAACACAACUGCUCGCAACCAUCAAGCAGCGUUUCUGA